UAGGAAGUGGAGCUCUCACCACCACCAACACAUCAAGCAGCAGCAGCACCGAGAGGAGACCGAAGACUGAAGACCCUUUCCCCCGGUGCCACUCUCGACUACCCCCCCACCCGGACACACACACACAGACACACACACGGACACACACACAGGUUUCCAGGCAGAGCAGCGAUCUCCUCCGCAGUCAUGUCCGUGAAGCUGCUGCUUUUCGCCGCAGUCGUGGCUCUCUCUGUCGCACCAGCCCCGGCGGCGGACUCCGAUCCAUGUUCCAGCCUCCUGACAUGUGCUACGUGCACACCCUCUCCAGACUGUCUCUGGGUCAACUGCACAACAACACCAUUUUUUGGCUGUCUCAAUGCAACCAAUGUGACAGCAGACUGCUCCAACGCUACCUGCGGAGCUGUGGAACCUUCUCCGGCACCCAAGCCUUCGACAGUCGCUCCGACAGUAACUACGACAGUCGCUCCAUCUCCGACUUCUUCCCAUACCCCUACAACCCCCAUUACCCCUGUUGUCCCGACCACCUCUAUCAGCAGCAGCACUGCUCAGCCCACCACAGAAAAUGGAACCGUCAUUGUCACCACUCCGAGCAGUAACACUUCCAUCCCCACUACAUCGGCCUCUUCAAAUGCAACCAGCCCAAGUACCACGCCGGUGUCCCCGACCCCGGCCUCACAAAAGAAUGCCACCUUCGAUGCCGCGAGCUUCAUCGGCGGAAUAGUGCUGGUGCUGGGCCUGCAGGCGGUGAUCUUCUUCCUCUACAAAUUCUGCAAGUCCAAGGACCGCAACUACCACACCCUUUGAAGCAGCACCACGGUUGGAUCGGCAGCACCGUCCCCGUCCCCGCCAACUCGAACCUCCCGGAGAAGACGCCCCACUCGGCACGCACUCAUCACACACUCACCACGGCGAACUCAAACAGUGUUUUCAAGCCGUUUUUCUUUUUCAUGUUUGUGCCACUUGUGAUUUCGGCCUGCAUUAGUGUCGGUGUGGAGGCACCCACGCAUCCCUGUAUGUAUGAUAAAUAACAUCGCACCAACAUGUACAGUACACAGAUUCCCUAUUGAUAUGGCAUUAAGCCUUGCGCAUAUGGAUUGCAUCACGUGUUAGCUCCUACCCACCUCCAUCGUGCUGUUAGUCAUCCUGCCAGAGACCAUAUUCCAGCUGACUGAGGGAGGCUGGUGUUAUUUACGGCCCCUCUCCUCACCACAUGAGUCAAAAGGAGCAGCAGUAGCUUUCAGUGAUGCCUGGGAGGAGGAGGAGUAUUAACAGCAUCCUCUCAAUUUUUUUUUAAUUUGAAAACACUGUUUGAGUUCACAGCUUUUCUUAAAAUGUGACAAUGGCGAUGAUUCAGUAUUGCUUUCACCCUGUUGAGUCGUGGGCAGGUCCCCCCCCCCCCCCCACCCCCCUUUCAUGCAGCUGUAUCCUAUAUAUGUGUUUUCAUAGAUGAUGUAAAAGAGGUGGGGUUACUUGAAGAGGGUAUAAAAAGCAACACCCAAUCAUCUAAUAUCAGGAGCAUACGGCGAUCCCUCUGGUAAACAGACGUAUUUCGAUGGACGCCUCCCCUUGGCAUUUCGGAGUGCGGAGAUCUCUCACCCAAUAGGAGUUGUUAAAAUGUCACCAACUGCCAGUGGAGCGGCACAAUGCAAUAAAUGAUGUAUUAAGUUCAUUUCCCAGCCAUUAAUCUCCCUUCUGAUCCGAACUGGCAUCAAAUCUUACCCACGCGGAGCUGCCCCCUUGCUUUAUGCGGAGUAGUCGAAAAAAGGGUGAAAAUGAACGAUUGUAGAAUAUUUCAGAAGUGUUAUUAAUUAAUGUGUUUAAAAUAGAGUGUGGGGGGGGCUUGAAGAAAAUGGCGUGCACCUUUCUUGGACAGUGAUUGCAGUGAAGUGCCUUUAAUGUCCAGUAUGACGUAUAAAGAAGAGGACGAGUCUCUUCUUCCUGGCUGAUGCCCCUGAGUGUUGUCGUGAGUUUUUCGGUGAGCAAUGAGAUCCGAAGUAUCAGCAGCUGGACUGAAGAGGCUUUUAUUGUUGGAAGUAUAAGGUAGAUGUCACCCGAAGGCCUCGAUCGGACGAGAUUGAAGAUUUCCCCUCUGAGUAGAAGACUGUAUUCAGUGCAUGGUCUUCUUCCCACUGACUGUGACCUUGUAGAAGUGGAUGAUUAUUAGAUUUGAAGGUACUCUCUGGUUCCUAGCUCCUAACGCUGCGUCCCAACGUCCUCCCAUCUCACUGCUCAUGUGUCAGGACUCGGUUGUGUAUCAAAUUGUGUUUAGUGUAGAAACACGAGACCGUGAGGAUAUUUCGAGACGCUCUUAGAAGCUAUGAAUGCUUGAGUGUACCUUUUCUUUUAAACAAUUUAAAAACUUGAGUUGAGGUUGAAUUGUCGGGACCGUGGUUCGGUCAAAUGAGCGUCGCACCUCUUGAUUCCCUGACUUUGCCAUAGAAGUGAGAAGGUUGCUGAUGGAUUGCAAAAGUGCAACAUCUAAGUGGCCAGGCUCAUGUCGACGUCACUUAUUAGCUUUCUGCUAACAGUGAUGUUUUUUCUUGUCUUUUUUUUGUCUCUCCUGUACAUAGCCACAUCCUGCUUAUGUUUAUAUCCUGGGUUUCACCGUAAGGAAAAGGCUAAAUGAAGGAGCGUUGAUCAGAACAUUUUUGCUUGUGCCAGCUCGUCAGUGUCAAGAAUAUUUUUGUUUCAUUAUUGCAUGCUGAAUGCUUGGAGUUGUGACCCCCCCCCCCCCCUCACAUUUGCAUAUGCUCUUAAGGGGUUGGACACACUUUGAAAACCACUCUGAUUAUUUGUGAUUUGCCAAUAUGCUAGUUUAAAAGAAUACCUUGGAACCGUGUGCAUUAAGCCAAAGUCCUCAGUUUUGGCAUGGUGGAGUUUAAACAUUGCACUGACGAGCUUUGUUUUGGAACGUUGUCUGUGGAAAUGUUUUUCGUGGUUCAACCAAAAAAAAAAAACAAAAAAAAAAAAAAUCUGUAUAAAUACUCAUUCUUGAAUAGGAACUAGAUAAUGGCUGAAUAGUUUUGUAUUAUAAUGAGGAAUUCUAAAUUAAUGACAGCAGAUUUGUUUUCCUGUUUCCUGCAUAAUUUAGGGUUACGUGUUUUCUGCUGCUCACCAUUGACACGCCUUUUAACCUACGGUCACCUGGUGGCAUUUAGGCUACAGCCCAAAGACCCAUGUAUGAGAAGAGCAGGCUACAAAGUUUUGCCUUAGCUGCACCCAGCAUCAUCACCCCUGCAUGAGGAGUCCCCUGCGCCCCCAAAACGUGAUGUUUGAGUUUAAUGAAAAGCCAUUGAGUGACCACUAACUCCAGUCACCGUGCUCUUUGCUUUCGACAUGGUAGCUGCAUUCCUCGGCGUCACAGCGUCACAUGUUGACAUUAUUGUGGUGUUUCAAAACACGUUUGUCAUCCAUGGAAACCAAUAGACGUCCAUUGUGCUGCCUCCGUGGAGCAGCUUCCUCCUACAAGUCACUCAGUCCUUGCACCUCUUAAGGAAAAGUGCCUUAUUCAGUUGAUAUCCAUAUACAGUGUAGUUGUAAAGUGAUUAUACCACACCUAUAAAAUACCAAUGGGACUCAGCACUUUCAGACCCCUGUGAAGUGGUUUUCUGUGUCGUAUUCUGCUUGUUUGUGUCUCGUCACGCUCGGCCUUAAACUCCUUGAUCAAAUCCGCCGAGCAUUCACUGGUGACGAGCUGUCUGGGAAGUUAUCAGGUUGAAAAGUGAAGACUUGUCAGAUGUUUGACUCAAACCAUAAAAGAUUAAUAUCAAAUUGAUGUGAUCGGCUAUUGUUUGGCAUAGGUUUCCUGUCACAUGAUAACUUGAACUCCACUCUGGAUGUACCUUUCAAUUAUCACAUUGAAUGUCAAAUUCUUCUUGGUCAUGGAGGGCUCUCCUAUCGGUUUUCAGUCUCGCAGUGUUUGUUUCCAAGAGCGACCAGUAAAAGGCUUUUUUGAUUCCCUCCUUUUGCAUUGUGCCUUUAUUUUUAUGUAGUGCCGUAUGUUUUUAUUUUUACUUUUAUUUUAAUAGGCCAUCAUUCUUGUAGGUACGAAUUUUCCUGCUUUGCUCCAAACCCACUUUAACAGACACACAUACACACACACAAUAUGUAGACACUCGCAGGUGCCACAUUGCCUCCAGAAUUUUGUUGUGCCUGUUUUGCACCCUUCUUUUACCCUUUUUUUUUGUUGUUUCUGGCUUUGUUUUCUUGUGUUGCCUUUAGUUUCACAAUGUUAAAUCAAUAAAGUUUGAAUAUUGUUAAACAAA